AAGUACAUUUAAACCGGUCUGUGAGGAGCAGGGGCGCGCGCUUCACGGUGCUACACAACCACAACAAUAACACAACACCUGGAGGCCCGUUACCAAGCAACAAGCCUCCCUUUGGACAUGUCGCACGUCCAGUUAUCGAGCAGCGCGCUGGAGCGGCUGGCGGCCCGCAGGACCUUCCCUCUCCAGAGGCGCACCGCCGUCUGCCGCAGCCUGUUCGGCCCGGUGGAUCACGACGAGCUGAGCCGGGACGUUAAAGCCAAGCUGCGGGAGAUUUCCGAGCGGGACACGCAGAGGUGGAACUUUAAUUUCGAGGAUGACUCCCCGCUGGAAGGAAACUACGAGUGGGAGGAGAUGCCCGCGGAGAGGACGGCGGCGUUUUACCGUGAGUCGGUACAGAGCGGCAGGACGCGCGUCCCGGCGACGCCCGUCAAGCAGACGCCCUCCUCGGACUCCUCGGACUCGGAGAGCCCCGCUGUCAUGGAGCGCUUAGCGGUUCCGGAGAGAAGCAGCGGGGACAGCGGCUCCGGCAGCCCGCAGGAGGUGAACCAGGAGAACCGGCCGGUGACGGUGACCCCGGGGACCCGCAGACCGGCUCCAUGCCUGAGGCGCAAGAGGACGACGGCUGCUGAUCACAGCAAUGCGCUCAUCACAGACUUCUUCGUGAAACGGAGGAAAUCUGCAGACCGACUUUCCAAGACUUCCAUCCAAAUGGAACAAACUCCGCGGAGGAGAAUCCGCUGAAGGUGCUGACUGCUCCUCCUCUACUUUUUGUUGCACUACUUCCACGCGUGUUUUUUUUUUUUUUUUUGAGGACUGACAGAGACUUUUUGUUUGAAACCACGCUGGAGGAUGGAGGGAUGCGCGGCGCAUCGGCUGCAGCUUUGCGCCUGAGCGGAGCGGCGCAUCGGCUGCAGCUUUGCGCCUGAGCGGAGCGGCGCUUCGGCUGCAGCUUUGCGCCUGAGCGGAGCGGCGCUUCGGCUGCAGCUUUGCGCCUGAGCGGAGCGGCGCAUCGGCUGCAGCUCCUCCCGGGAUGGAGGCUUUGGGAUCGGAUAGAAAGAGAGAAAGAGGCCGAGUGGAUGGAAGAAGAAAAAGGAAAUAAAGGGAUUCAGUUUUUCAGUACAAAUGUAGCAUCUAUUGAUUUUGCAUCCAGCCACUCGACAGUGUUAAAUGUUUUAACAUCUGUGCAAUCUAGAGAUAAUUUCUACACUGGCUAAAGUGUACAGCUUUAUAGAAGCGGUAGCAUUUGUUUAUUUCUGCUCUGUUUGAUUUUCUGUGAAACUAUAUAUUUUAAGUUUAUUCUAACUUAUAAGUUAUUUAUGUUUCUCUUGCCGAUUUUUUAAAAUUAUUUUAUUUCUUUUUUUAUUGUGGUGUUUUGCAAUCCUGUAGCCUCCCGAUAGUCUUUGUUUCUGAGCCUUUAUGGAGUUUUAUUGUUUUCAUACAAGUGACCUUUUUCUUUGUUUAAUGAUGGAAAUAAAACAUUUUCAAAUGUAAUGUUUGACAAAGUUUCCUUUUAUUUUCUUAUAAUGUUUGGAUCUAUGUCUGUAGGUCUAUAGAACCAUAUUCAGCUCAUUUUCUUUGCAUUAAUGUUUUUUUUGUCAUAAAGCUGCAUUCUAAUCAAAAUGAUUAUCUUUAAUAAUUUAUGACCGUUUUUAAUUUGCGGACAAUUAUUUUCUUAGAUAAAAUAUUCCCUAGAAAUACUGCAAACAGAUUGUUGAAUUACUUUCUGUAAGCAUUGCCGUUAGCCACAGACAAACUGUACUUUAAUACCUACUUUAUUUUAUUUAAAUGAA